AUGAGGGUCUUCGCAGCGGGACUAUUAGCAGUAUUAGCUUCUUUGUUUUUUGGGGAUAGCGAAGGAUUGAGUUCCUUGCUUACCAAUGAGUGUGGAACAAUUAGGCAUCCCUCGAGAGUUCGACGGGUUGUGGGAGGCCAUAAUGCUGACAGAUUCGCGAAUCCGUGGAUGGUUAUGGUGAUCGGGAAUGAUACGUUCUGUGGCGGUUCGCUCAUUACCUCUCUUUUUGUCUUGACUUCAGCGAGCUGUCUUUCCUCGACGCCAAAAGAGGUUAGAUUGGGCGAAUACGACACAGAAUGCACCAGUGGGGAUUGCUUAUCCAGCCGCCUUGUCAUUAACAUUAAUGGGCAAUUUAUACACCCUCAAUACAAUUUCGGUCUAAGUACUAAAAACGACAUUGCCUUACUUCGAAUGGCCACGAAGGUUGUGUAUUCAGACUAUAUCAGGCCGAUUUGUCUGUCUGUCGAAAUGCCCUUACCUAGACCUCAUCAAAAAUUUACUGCCACUGGAUGGGGCAGGACUAGUUUUAGCGUAACAAGCCCUAUUCUACAGACAACCACUUUAAAUCUUUACGAUCGUAAACUUUGCAAUGUUAUAUUUAACCAGAAACUUGAUUCAUCGCAAUUAUGUGUUGGUAUUGAGAAAAGCGACACAUGUGCUGGGGAUUCUGGGGGUCCUUUAGCCGCCAAGAUAAAAUAUAAUAAUGUACGGAAUGGAACCAGUAGUGGGAAAACUCGUCGUACUUUCCAGUUCGGCAUUGUUAGCUUUGGAUCUUCAUCUUGUAAUGGCAUCGGUAUUUACACAAAUGUAAAUCACUAUACAAACUGGAUUGUCAACACUAUUGCUAAAGCAACAAGUCCUCGCAAGGGAUAA